AUGGUGACAUCAGAUAAGCAGUAUCCCACACAAGGGAAUUGGGCCCAUGUUCGGUACGCAACUAGAGCAGAAAAGGAGCGAGCAAUGGCGUUAAAUGGCCGACAAAUUCUACCUGGAGUCAUGGUUGGCGUAGUUGAAUGCAAGGACCCGCCCAGAAUGACUGUAUCUAAUCCUGGAAUAGCCUCACCCGAAAGACAUACAACAGCAAGGUCCCUAUGUCCAACACCAAUCCCAGCAGCCACAGUCCCUCAGAGGUCUAAUGGAAUUAUAGCAAAGGCCUUGGAUUAUGUAUUAGGUUGGUGA